AUUGCGGACAAGAACUCGAAAGUGAAGAGAAGUACACGACGCGAUGCGGGCGCAAAUUUUCUUAUUGUUGCUCUCUAUUUUCAUUCUUCUGACAUCAGCGAAGGUGAAAAGCUCUGCUUUACUCCAGUCGAUCGGGCCGAGAGUAGCGUUUUGGUGCGGCAAAGUCAACCAACAUGUCGACAUGGUGUCUGGAGAGUGGGUGACCGACAAAGAUGGCGUGUCAGGAUGCAAAGACUCGUCAGACAAAAUUGGCAUCUUGAGCUACUGUCAAAAGAUAUAUCGUCAUAUCACUGUGGUCAGUGUCUUUUCCGACGGAGAAAUGACGAUUUCUGGGUGGUGCAAUAGAGGAAACUAUAACUGCAUCUAUACUUCGACGAAACCGACAUAUGUCUGUGUUGGCGAUGUCAGCGACCGUUUCGAAGUGCCGAUCGUCCCAAGAGUGGCGUUUUGGUGCGGCAAGGUCAAUCAGCAUGUCGACAUGGUGUCUGGAGAGUGGGUGACCGACACAGAUGGCGUGUCAGGAUGUAUUGCCCCGUCAUACACGAUUGGCAUCUUGCGCUACUGUCAAAAGACAUAUCCACAAAUCACUGUGGUCCGUGUUUUUAACGACGGAGAGAAGACGAUUUCUAGGUGGUGCAAUAGAGGAAAUGAUAACUGCAUCUACAAUUCGACGAAACCGACAUUUGUUUGCGUUGGCGACGUCAGCAAAAGGUUCAAAGUGCCGAUCGUCCCAAGAGUAGCGUUUUGGUGCGGCAAGGUCAAUCAGCAUGCCGACAUGAUGUCUGGAGAGUGGGUGACCGACAAAGAUGGCGUGUCAGGAUGUAUUGCCGCGUCAGACAAGAUUGGCAUCUUGCGCUACUGUCAAAAGAUAUAUCCACAAAUCACUGUGGUCCGUGUUUUUUAUGACGGAGAGAGGACGAUUUCCAGCUGGUGCAAUAGAGGAAACCGUAAUUGCAUCUACAAUUCGAAAAAAACAACAUUUGCUUGUGUUGGCGACGUCAGCGACCGGUUCAAAGAGCAGAUCGUCCCGAGAGUAGCGUUUUGGUGCGGCAAGGUCAAUCAGCAUGUCGACAUGGUGUCUGGAGAGUGGGUGACCGACAAAGAUGGCGUGUCAGGAUGUAUUGCCACGUCAGACAAGAUUGGCAUCUUGCGCUAUUGUCGAAAGACAUACCCACAUAUCACUGUGGUCCGUGUUUUUUACAACGGAGAGAGGACGAUUUCUAGAUGGUGCAAUAGAGGAAACCAUAACUGCAUCUACAAUUCUACAAAAACAACAUUUGCUUGUGUUGGCGACGUCAGCGACCGGUGCGAAGUGCCGAUCGUCCCGAGAGUAGCGUUUUGGUGCGGCAAGGUCAACCAGCAUGUCGACAUGGUGUCUGGAGAUUGGGUGACCGACAAAGAUGGCGUGUCAGGAUGUAUUGCCACGUCAAACAAGAUUGCCAUCUUGCGCUACUGUCAAAAGACAUAUCCACAUAUCACUGUGGUCCGUGCUUUUUAUGACGGAGAGAAGACGAUUUCUAGGUGGUGCACUAGAGGAAACCUUAACUGUAUCUACAAUUCGACAAAAACAACAUUUGUUUGCGUUGGCGACGUCAGCGACCGGUUCGAAGUGCCGAUCGUCCUGAGAGUAGCGUUUUGGUGCGGCAAGGUCAAUCAGCAUGUUGACAUGGUGUCUGGAGAAUGGGUGACCGACAAAGAUGGCGUGUCAGGAUGUAUUGCCACGUCAGACAAGAUGGGCAUCUUGCGAUACUGUCAAAAGACAUAUCCACAAAUCACUGUGGUCCGUGUUUUUUAUGACGGAGAGAGGACGAUUUCCAGGUGGUGCAAUAGAGGAAACCGUAAAUGCAUCUACAAUUCGAGAAAAACAACAUUUGCUUGUGUUGGCGACGUCAGCGACCGGUUCAAAGUCGCGAUCGUACCAAGAGUAGCGUUUUGGUGCGGCAAGGUCAAUCAGCAUGUCGACAUGGUGUCUGGAGAGUGGGUGACCGACAAAGAUGGCGUGUCAGGAUGUAUUGCCACGUCAAACAAGAUUGGCAUCUUGCGCUACUGUCAAAAGACAUAUCCACAUGUCACUGUGGUACGUGUUCUUUACGACGGAGAGAAGACGAUUUCUAGGUGGUGCGAUAGAGGAAACUAUAACUGCAUCUAUCAUUCAAAGAAACCGACAUUUGUUUGCGUUGAACGUUGAUGUUCCUGUACGAUGUGCACGUGCAUGUACUUGGUUGACAUAUUAAGACGUUGUAUUGCUGUUGUGGUUGAUGUGGUUGUCUACAUUAAUGUUGUUUCUGUCUCGGAUAUGGUCAGUUGAUUACAAUUUACUUGUAGUAGAGUACAAAAGAGAUUGGUAUCAGUGGCGCAUGUUAUAGAUGGAGGCAUUGUGACGCGUGCCCCUUCAAGA